AUGACAUCCGAAUUGCUAUCUUCCCUACCUUCAUCAUUAGCACCCUACCUAACAACUGAUCGCUUGCCAAAGGUGCUGGUGGCAACCACCUUGACAUAUGCCGUAACCAAGUACAUCAUCUACAACCUUUACUUGCAUCCCACAGCAAGGAUACCAGGUCCAUCAGUGGAUUGGAUACCAUUUCUCGGAAAUAUGCGUGAGAUUAUCCGAGAAGAGAGUGGAGUGCCACACAAGAAAUGGUUGAAAAAGUAUGGAGGCAUUGUCGUCUAUCAUAUGCUAUGGAACAAGCCACGCGUAAUGGUCUCGGACCCGAAUCUUUUGAAGGAGGUAUUGACGCACCAUGUUUAUGACUAUACAAAAACACCUGAAGGCAGCAAGUUCUUAACCCUCCUCCUUGGUAACGGCUUGCUUGUGGCUGAAGGUGAUGUACAUCGACAGCAACGUAAACAACUCAACCCAGCCUUUUCUUUGCAAUCGAUUCGUGAGCUGGUCCCCGUAAUGUUUGUUCCACCUGUGCAGCUAAUGGAUCGGUGGAAGCAGGAAUAUGCCGAACGCAAGGAUAGCAACGGCUUGAUGGAGACGAACAUCUCAGAGUGGAUGUCACACGUGACCUUGGAUAUUAUUGGGUUGGCGGGCUUUGGACAAGAAUUCCUAGCUGUCAAACAUGAAGGCAGCACGGACCAUGUUAACAAAUUGAGCUGGGCGUAUCGACAUCUCUUUGAUCCCACAGGAUCUAACCUUGAGCGAUUCUUACGAUUCCUUAUCCCAGGAUACCGGUAUCUACCCACACGACGCAACCUUGAUUUUCGUAAAGCUUUGGGCAUGUUGCAUGAAGAGAGCCUUGCAGUUGUUCAACGUGGUAUUGAGCGAGCCAAAACCACGAGUCGCCAAGACAACCUUCUUGCACUCAUGAUCAACCUCGUCGAUGAAUCAGGAAAUGGCAUGAGCGUUGAGGAGCUUCGUAACCAAUGCCUCACGUUUUUGGCAGCUGGACAUGAAACUACAGCAGUGUCGUUGUCAUGGACCCUUUGGCUUUUGGCUCAAAAUCAAGACAUUCAAGAUGCAUUGCGUGAAGAGGUUACACCCAUGUUUGCUAAUCUCGAUUUUACGCAUCGCAUGUUCCAAGAUGAUCCAUUUGAUACAACCGGCCACAGCUUGCCCUCUUUUGAAGCUAUCAACAACCUUCACUUGCUAAACAACGUAUGCAAGGAGUCAUCCCGCUUGAUCCCUGUUGUACCAGUCACCAGCCGUGUUGCGACCAAGGAUGUUACACUUGGUGGCCACUUUAUUCCCAAAAACACAGCCAUCUUUUUGCCACUUAUCGUCAACCAUCAUUCUAAGGAAUUAUGGGGAGAAGAUGCUGAAGAAUUCCGACCAAGUCGUUGGGAUGAAUCAGAAGCUUCACGUGCUGGUCCUUAUGACUUUUUACCAUUCUUAGCUGGAGGAAGACAAUGCAUUGGAAAUCGCUUUGCUAUGAUUGAGCUCAAGAUCAUUUUGGGUUUGCUGAUCACCAACUUUCAAUUCUUUGAAAAGCCUGGAUUCACUCCAAGGAAACGCCAAGAACUCACAAUGCGCCCUUCACCCAAUAUGACACUCCUUAUCAAACCCGUGGUUUCAUCAUCGUAG